CAAUGUCAAGCCCAGGAUCUUGAUUCCCAGCCAUGACCAAACCAAACGCAGCGCCAUCAUUGCUGUUGGGAGUUGUGACCGGACUUUCGUACUCUUUCACCAUCCACCUACACAAUGUCUUGCUCGCCGGCCGCCGGUGACUUGCUGUGCGGUGAGGUUGCCGAUGAAGUUGUCUACGGUGAAAACCAAAGGACGUCGCCGCCGUACUUGCAGCCGUAUUCACCUCCUUCAGACGACGCAACCAUCGGCGGACUCAUCGACGUCGAGGCACAGCACAUGCCCGACCCAGAUUACCUGCGGCGGUGCCGUUUUCGUUUAAUCGACGUAACCGCUCGCCAAGACUCCAUCAACUGGAUCUUGAAGGUUCGCGCACACUACGAGUUUCGUCCGGUAACGGCGUUCCUCUCAGUCAACUACCUCGAUCGUUUUCUGUCUUGCUCUCCACUUCCGCGACAAAGUCAGUGGGAGUAUCAUCUGCUAUCAGUGGCAUGCUUGUCUUUAGCGGCGAAAAUGGAGGAACCUGAAGUGCCUCUGUUACUGGACCUUCAAUUAGUGGAUCCCAGAUUUGUAUUCGAACCCAAAACGAUUCAAAGAAUGGAGCUGUGUCUCAUGACCAAGCUAAGCUGGAGAUUACGCUCCAUAACACCCUUCGAUUAUCUCCAUUACUUCAUCUCUAAGCUCUCUUGCGACCCGCAACCCGAUUCCAUAGCCCGGCUCUUCUCCGCUGCUUCCAAUCUCAUCCUCAGCACUGCCCUCGGUACCACAUAUACCUGA